UAGCCGAGGUGCGUAGCCCACGCCCCACAGAGUCGUCAACCUGGCUGGGAGCAGCAGCCUCACGAUUGAUCACCAACAACACCAAAAGACUGAAACACCGUCCAGCCAGCGAGCAAAGGGGAAGAUGGCCAGCACCGGCGAGAUCUGGCUGCAGUGGUUCUCUUGCUGCUUCCAGCAGCAGCGCUCACCCUCCCGCCGUCCACACCAACGCCUGCGCAUCGACCGGUCCAUGAUCGGCAAUCCCACCAACUUCGUCCACACGGGACACAUUGGAUCAGCGGACGUGGAGCUGUCGGCCAACCGCCUCAACGCGAUCUCAACCCAGAUGCAGAGCAAGGGCGGCUACGAGACCAACUCGAUACACUCGCUGCAUGCUUGCUGAUGGAAGCCCCAAUCAUCUCGCAAUAUUCACGCUACAAAAUGCAUUUCGUGCAAUUUUUAC